CAUGAUUUGUGAAAAUACCAAGCUCAAGCUUAGCCCUCAAUUUUAUCCUGUUGUGGUUACCCUGUUUGUGAGACGGCAAUCCGGUCAGCAAGCUCUCCCAUUGUGGUAUUAUUGCUUUCAACAUGGCGGCCGAGGGAACAUCGGGUGUUCCUUUGGCUGCCCCGGAAAUUGACGAUGCAUUCAGCGAGCGAAAAUUAUGGAUAGGAAACCUUGACAAACGUUUAUCCGAAUUCAACAUACUGAAAAUACUGCAGCAGUUUGGCGAGAUAGAGCAUUUUCAGUUUCUAUUCCAUGGAAAUGGUCCAAACAGAGGAGAGCCGAGGGGAUAUUGCUUUGUAGAGUUCAAGAAAAAAGAGGAUGCAAGGAAAGCUCUUCGGGGCUUGAAUAAGAAAAUAGUGCUGUCUAGAGCUCUAGUGGUGGACUGGGCGCACCAUCACAAAUCAUCAGCAGAUGAACCACAGAAAAGCAAACACACAAAUAUAGUGCCAAAUGCCCAGACAUCUACCCACUCUCCAAGCAAUGAGUCUAAAAUUAAAGCGAUAGAAGCCAAGCUAAGGGUCAUGGAAAGCACUGGAGACGUUAAUCCCACUCAUCUUGGAUGGAGUAAACACCCCUUACUAGUGGAGAGUGAGAAAAACCAGACACACCCAUACAAGUCUUCUAAAACCAGGGGAAGAGGUGAAUGGAAAGGGAAGAGACACAGAUGAUAUCAAAGUGGCAAGUGGGAAUGCAGAAAUUCCCUCACAGAUCUGCUAUAACUAGGGGAAUAAAUGAAGAAAAACGACCCAGAUGAUAUCAAAGUGGCAAAUGAGAAAAAAAAGCAGAAACACCAUUAGAAGUCUGCUAAAACUGGGGGAAGAAGUGAAUAGAAAUGAGAAAGAAUACCAUUACACCCCAAACAUCAUAUUUGUAGUAUACUGUAUUUUUAUUUACAAAAGCUGUACAUAUUUAUUAAUUAAAUAGAGUAUUUCCAUCCUACACUGGUUGCUCGCGAGGCUUGUCCCUAACAGAUCCUUGGCUUCGGCUUGUUUGUACUUUGUCCUUGGCAGUUUCGUUCUUCAGUACAUGUAGCAGCGUCUGUGAACUCUCUAAUAUCUUGAUUUAAAAAAAGAAUCACAAAAGAUGUUAAGGGGAACUCCUGUUAACUGUGUUCCAUAAUCAACCUUACCCGAAGAAUUUACAGGAAGCAACAGGGGCGUAGCAGGGGUGGGGCAAUAGAGGUAUGACCCCCCCCAAAAAAGGAUGUCACUAAAUCUUUUCCAAAUCAGGCAGGCAGUGUAAUUUUUUUCUAAACUGUCAAAACAAUGAUACCUUCUAUAUAUUCAAUACUAAACAACUUCAAUAAA